UCGGGUUGCGAUUAGUGGGAAAUUGGUCCUUUUUUAUGGAGGCCUUAGGUAGAUUCCUGGAAUCUUGGCCCCGCUCGAGUCAAGUUGAGCCGGAGCAACCGCAUCCUGGCUACCUGAAACGAACAACAGCUGCCGGGGAUCAGGUAGUCCCUUCGCAAUUCUGGCCUAUAUAAGCAUUGUGCUGAUGGCAAAAGAGCAUCAUUCGUUUACCAGAGUUUCCAAGAUGAGCAUCAGCACGUUCAACUUUCAAUUCUACAACUACAAACUCCAGUCUGGUUCUCCGAGCCUGGGAACAAGUUCUGGCUUUGGCUCCGCCUCCCGAUCCAUCAACUCGACAUCCUUCAUCAGCGAACUGGAAAUGGACAUUGACGAAGAGAUGACUCCCUCGCCGGCGAUUACAUCGACGCCCAAACCGCGUUUCACUACCCAACUGGCAUUGGAGUUGGCCAAAUCCGAGCCUUCAGAGCCGCCAGCUUUGCGACCUAAAUUGCACACGACCCAGAAGCGCUGGUCCAUGGAACUCAGGGAAAAAGUGCUGGAAAUGUCCAAACGAAACAACGCAUCUGAUGGGGAGGAGAAGCCACAAACCACAGUGGGUCAGGAGCAGCCUCUACAGCAGCAGGCACAGACGGCACAGCCGGGACAGGAGCAGCAGGGACUGGAAAAUGAUGACAACCCACCCACUGUCAGCGACAAAAUCAACUUCUUCAACAAGCUGACCAACACCUUUCAGUCGAAUAACAAGUUCCUAGCUCCCGGCAAUGGCCAAACCAAUCGCUUCAUAUCGCUACUGCGCUCCAGUCGCCCCCAGGCACUUGCCACCUGCAACAGCAACAACACCAGCAACCACAGCCUGAACGGCAGCUCCAUCAGCGGCGGUAGCGUUGCUCACCAAGUGCCCCCACCUAAGCCAAAACGCCUCGGGGCCAGUACUUCCCUCUCCCAAUCCCCCAUUGCCAUGCAUCAAUUUGCCACGCCCAUGGGCGUCGGCAAGGGAGGCAGUCAGCGCAAGUGCUCGCUGCGCCGCAAGCCUUCGAUGGACAAGUCGCGAGCCACGAUUUCGCGGCAGAACUCGAGUGCCACCGUUCGGCCCCAACACCAUGCCAUUAUGGAGGACCUGAGUCUGGUGGUGCCGGUUCGAAUGCGGAUUGCUGAGUACGAGCAGCGCAUCUCAAUGAGCGCCUGAGGAGGAUCAAGGAUACUGGACACCCGCCAUGCGGCGCUCAGAGUGCAAAGCGCAAGUUCCCAAGGAUAAACUUAAUAAUUAGUUCUUGUAUUUAGGAUAAACUUUAAAAGAUCAAAUAAAAAGAUAGAAAAUAAAAAAACCUUUACUUAUUGGAUCGAAAGGGAGUAGGUAAAAUGGAGAAGCCAUGUAAAGCUGACAAUGUCUAUGACUAAUUGAGAAAAUAUCCAAUCCCCAUUGACAAUAUUUCAGUUCUGAUAAAGAUAGUUGCUUUUGUAAUUGCUAAACCCCACACUAACAUGGUCUGUAAACUGAUUCAUACUAUAUGAGUGGACUACAUAUAGUGUAUUCUCUCUUAAGCCAACACAACGAUAUAUAUUAUAUGUGUGUAUACUCUUUAUCUCACCACGCACUUGUUUUGUUUGCAUUGAACUAGCACAGGGGAAACAAGAAAAUCGUUAGCUUUUUAAUACCUCAACGCGGGCAUUAUCUUAUCGAACUUUGCCAACGGAGUUGGAAAACAGAAAGGGAAUGGGUAGAAUAGCAAGAGAGCUUACAACACCUGCCCGAACAAGCCAUCGAGCAAAUAUUGGUAACUGAACUGGCCGGUGGCCUGGCUGAUAAGAUAGCGAUGGGCGGGCGGGCUCACACGGCGUAUGAGUAAUGACUCAAAUCUGAAUCAGCCCAGGGACAACUC